AUGUUUCCCACACGGGCGCUCUGCGCUCGAUCGGUCUGGAAAGGCCCCAAUAUCGUCCCUCUCCCGAUAGCACAGAAGAAGGCGGGUGAACGCAUGCCACCGAUCAAGACACAAGCGCGCUCCGCUACCAUAUUACCGAACUUCGUCGGCCUCAAGUUCCAGAUACACAACGGGAAGAGCUACCUGGAUAUCACCAUAACGGAGGACAUGGUAGGACGAAAGCUUGGGGAAUUUGCGCCGACACGGAAGCAGUUCAUGUACAAGCAGACGAAGAACAAAUGA